AUGACGGGUUAUGAAGCCCGGCUCAUUACUUUUGGGACAUGGAUGUACUUCGUUAACAAAGAGCAGCUUGCAAGAGCUGGAUUUUAUGCUAUAGGUCAAGAGGAUAAAGUACAGUGCUUUCACUGUGGAGGAGGGCUAGCCAACUGGAAGCCCAAGGAAGAUCCUUGGGAACAACAUGCUAAAUGGUAUCCAGGUUGCAAAUAUCUGCUAGAAGAGAAGGGACAUGAAUAUAUAAACAACAUUCAUUUAACCCGUUCACUUGAGGGAGCUCUGGUACAAACUACCAAGAAAACACCAUCACUAACUAAAAGAAUCAAUGAUACCAUCUUCCCUAAUCCUAUGCUACAAGAAGCUAUACGAAUGGGAUUUGAUUUCAAGGACGUUAAGAAAAUAAUGGAGGAAAGAAUUCAAACAUCUGGGAGCAACUAUAAAACGCUUGAGGUUCUUGUUGCAGAUCUGGUGAGCGCUCAGAAAGAUACUACAGAAAAUGAAUCGAAUCAGACUUCAUUGCAGAGAGAAAUCAGCCCUGAAGAGCCGCUAAGGCGUCUGCAAGACGAGAAGCUUUGUAAAAUCUGCAUGGACAGACAUAUCGCUGUUGUUUUUAUUCCUUGCGGACAUCUGGUCACUUGUAAACAAUGUGCUGAAGCAGUUGACAGAUGUCCCAUGUGCAGCGCAGUCAUUGAUUUCAAGCAAAGAGUUUUUAUGUCUUAA